CUGCUACAAAGAUGUUUGAUAUCAAGUCUUGGGCUAAGUAUGUCCUGGAAUGGGCUGCAAAGGAUCCUUAUGACUUUCUUACAACAGUUAUUUUGGUCCAUGCUCCACUGUUUUUAGCAAGUGCAGUAUUGUCUUGGAAAUUGGCCAAAAUGAUUGAGGCUAAGGAAAAGGAGCAGAAAAACAAACAAAAAUGGCAAGAAAAUAUUGCAAAAGCUAAAAGACUGAAAAAAAAUAUUGAAGGAAUAUACUGAUUCUAUAGCCAGAUGAAAAUCACUUGGAAAAUUAUGCAGUUUUGGAAGGACCUACUGAUGCUUCUUUCCUGGAUUUUAUGACGCUAUUAUAUAGUAAGUGAAAUCUGAGCAUAUGGAAGAUCAUUGUGUUCUGACCUCCUUUCUGUAGCAAUUUUUAGGUUUCCUGUAGAAGUCAUUGUAAAUAUGCAUUUGUUAUGCCUACAGUUUCUUCAUAAUUGCCUAGUCAUCUGCCAUUUCGUAGCUUCUGUACUGACAUGAAAACAUCCAGCUGAUAAAAAUGACUUUAGAUUAUGAACAAUAUUCAAAGAAUGGCUUUAAAUGAGUUCCUGUUCUGGACAAAGGAAACUCAUGUGAAAAAUCAGAGCAGGUCUGAGAUUAAAGUAUGCUAGA